AUGAUGCAUAGUGGUGCACGAAUCACGAAUGAUUUCUUUGGAGCUUUAAAUCCAUCUAUGCGAUGGUUCGUACCUCUCGGCAUCCUGGAGUGGAUGAAAACAGUAGGAAUCGAAAACACCGAUGCAAACCCGGACAAGGUUACUGAACUAGAAUGGGGAGAAAGCGCAUCAUUCCGCUUAAAUGACAUGGAAUUGACAGUCUGGUGUCUGCCAGCGCAACAUUGGGGACAACGAGGACCAUUCGACAGAAAUGAGCAUUUGAUCAAGUUCCUCAUUAAGCGAUUGUGGGCAGGAUGGGCUGUAAUAACACGAAGUCGUCGUUUCUACUACAGCGGUGACACUGGAUUUUGUGACAAGGAAUUCAAGAAGAUUGGUGAACGGCUCGGCCCCUUCGAUCUCGCAGCAAUUCCCAUUGGUGCAUACAACCCACGAUGGAUGCUGAAAUCAGAGCAUAUCGAUCCUCAUGAAGCCGUGCUCGUGCACGAACUUGUUAAAUCGAAAUUCUCAAUUGGUAUACAUUGGGGCACAUAUCACAUGGGAUCGCAUGAACUCUAUCUCGAACCAAAAAAGCUCCUGGAAGAAAUUGCGAGUUCCAACCACUCUUCAAAUUUCGUUGUUCUUGAAAUGGGACAAAUUUGGGAAGAAGAUGAAAGCAACGGCUGUGAUUGA